CAUGCUUGUAUUGCCUAGGUACCUCGGCAUCUUCCCCGGAUUUCUCAAUCUCCGCGUCCAACUCCGCAACCUCGUCACCAUCCCUACAGCUCUGAGUUUACGACGUUGAACACCCACGACCCUUGCUCCCUUGUCCAAAUAGUUUCCCCGUCUUUUUCUGAUUAUAUACACAAUGCCUGAUUCUAUAGCAAAAGUCAAGCAGGAGGGUGUGAGCAAGGAGCUCUCCGAGCCCAUACCCGAGACCGGGUCGUUUGAGGGUAUGCGCGGGAUCCGAAGUGUAGCUGGCGACUUGGGAGACCAACGGGUUAAAGGCAAGGUCAUUAUCGUUACCGGUGCAAACUCUGAAAUCGGUAUCGGCCGCGCCAGUGCGCAUCAAUUCGCGCGCAACGGCGCCCGCGCAAUCUAUAUUUGUGACUUUUCAGACUCUCAUCUCGAGAAGCACAAGCGCCAACUCAACACGCUGUAUCCCUCAACAGAUGUUCAUAUUCGCCAGUUCGACGCCGCAGACGAAGCUGCUGUCAAAAAGGUUUGCCAAGAUGCGUUGGAUGCCUACGGCCGUCUUGACGUCUUCUUUGCGAAUGCAGGAAUAGCCUCUGGCCGAGUAUUCUGGGAGGAAACUACCGAAGGCUUCAUGAACAUGAUGCGCACAAACGCCCUGUCUGUCUUCUUGGCAGCCAAAUACGCCUCUCGCGCAAUGCUCAAGACAUCGGAUCAAAAACCGUACCCCAGCGGCAGCAUCAUCGCCACUGCAAGUGUAGCAGGUCUGCGCUCGAAUGCCGGCCCCACCGACUAUGCCGCCUCCAAGGCUGCAGUCAUCAGCCUGAUGCAGACCUGCGCCUACCAACUUACCGGAUCGGGUAUCCGCUGCAACGCCGUCUGCCCUGGGCUUAUUGAAACGGGUAUGACUAGGGUCACGUACGAUGCGGCGAGGAAGAGGGGAAGCGAGAAGAAGAUUGGGCAGCUGAACCCGCUGCGGAGAGGAGGACAGCCGGAUGAGAUUGCGCGGGCUGUAUUAUUCCUAGCAAGCGAUGAAGCAAGCUAUGUCAAUGCGCAGGCCUGGGCUGUGGAUGGUGGCUUGAGUGGGGGUCUGCCUUUUGUGCCAGGGAAAUUGGCAUAAACUGCACUUGUGUCCCUGUCAUUCCCCAUUGUUCCAAGAUGUGUUUUCUGGUAAUUGUCGUAGAGCUUUGGUUCCACAACAUGAAGUGUUGCCAUGUCAAUCACAUCAAUACAAUACUAUGGCCUGCUUAUGUGGUAUGUUUCCUUUGCGUC